UACAACCGUGGUGCACAUUUGCAUCUGCCACCCACGCCAACGCUGCGGUGCAGUGUACCUCUUCCGCCCCAGCACGACAGCACACAUAUACCGAAUUUGAUAACACAUCUUUGAAAACCGAAAAAAAAAAAAAAACAAAAAACAAAAAAAACAAAAACAAAAAGGAAAAACAAAAAUGUAUCCGCCACCGCCAUACUAUCCUCCACCUCCACCAGCCUUUUACGCGCCGCCACCAAUGAUGGCACCACCAAGGCGGUACUCUCCGUGGCUGGUGCCGCUUAUAUUCAUUGUGAAUAUCGGGGUGUUCAUAUGGACAAUGUAUGAGAACAACUGCCCAUCUAAAAUGUCAAAGGAUCAGUGUAUGGGAGGGCAUUACUUGGAUAGGUUCUCCUUCCAACCCUGGCAUGAUAACCGCAUGAUCGGUCCUACCCCUGAAACCCUCCAAAGACUAGGAGGCCUUGAUACAAAACUAGUGCUGAAUGGUGAAGCAUGGCGCCUGUUUUCUGCAACGUGGCUACAUGGCGGGCUGAUUCAUCUAUUCGCCAACAUGAUCAGCCUUGAUUUCGUAGGGCUCCGGCUUGAGCAGGACUUUGGAUUUCACAGAUUCGGAUUUGUGUAUGUGCUUUCUGGCUUAGGGGGAAGUUUAGGGUCUUGCCUUAAUAUUAUUAAACACGGAAAGUCAAGCAAGACUAUAUCAGUUGGCGCAUCUGGGGCAAUUUUUGGAUUGUUGGGAGCCUCACUUUCUGAGCUGAUCACAAACUGGACAGUGUAUGACGAUAAGUGCUCGUCGAUCAUGAUAAUCAUCCUAAAUGCUGCCCUGAACUUGGCCAUUGGAUUUCUACUUCAUAUGGACCAUUCAGCUCAUGUAGGAGGAUUCGUCGCCGGAUUUUUCCUUGGUUUUGUGUUUUUUGUUAAGCCUCAGUUUGGGUAUGUAAGCAGCAAGUACAUGCCAACCUACCAUCAAGUCAAAAGUACAGCAAGGCACAAUUUCUGUCAAUAUUUUCUGGGGUUCGUUGGUUUGGUGGCGUGCAUUAUUCUGUAUGCAACUGCCUUCGGUAAGCUAUUUAAUAUAAGGGAAAUUAAACAACAUCUGCCUGAUAGUAUAAACAAAUAUUGAGCUUGUGUAAGUUUUGAGUAAUUAAUGGACAAACUAUACUUUCGUGGCGGUUCAACUUCAUGUUUUUUCAAGAAUUAGAAGUAUGACACCAUAAACUGUUCUAGCGUAACGCGUGCAUAUGUAUCAUCGAUGUACUGCCAAUGUUCAGAGCAUAUUUAUAUGAGAGAGAUGAUUGCGAGGAUGUAAGAGAUAUGAGUAUUUUCUGUACUAUGAUCAGAUAAGUAUUUCAGA